CACAAGGCUCGCAGAUUCAAACAUCGCGAUGCCAUCUUCUCUAAUCUAGACGUUUGAGAAGAAAUCCCCCCAUUACACAUCACUCGAACACACAAGCUUCUUGUAGAGAGCUCUGCUGUAUCUCGUCUCAAUCCUCGGCCUUGCCUCGAUUGCAGCCUCCUCAAUUCUAGUCAGCAGCGGGAGCCUAGACUUUUUUUCUUAUCGUCUUCUUGUUGGCAAUCGACAACUCCUGACCUCAGCUCCUACCUCAUUCCCUCUACAACUACAAAUCGAGACUUCAAAAAUGUCAUUCGGCUUCGGUGUUGGUGACUUCAUCACAGUCUCAACUCUAACCUUGAAACUUUAUAGAUCCUUUAAAGGCGCACCGGGCGAGUUUCAAGAACUUAGUCGCCAACUUGAAUCUUUGCAUAUUGUCCUCGCAGAUCUCAACGAUCAGAUACAUAACCCAAAUUCUCUGCUGAAUCUCGAUGGCACUACACGACAUGCAGAGUUAAACACAAUCCACGACAAUUUGGUGCAGACGAUGGAGGAACUAGAGGACAUACACGAACGACAUCAGAGGAUGGGAAGGAUUGCCUGGUCUCGCUUUAAGCUAGGUCUGAGAGAUCUGGCAACACUCAGGGCGAAGUUAACAGUCCAGAUAACAACAUUGAACGGCUUUAUGGGAAGUCUGACGCUUGGGGCGCUCGGGAGGAUGGAGCCCAUGCUGCAGAGAAUUUAUGAGUUGCUUGAGGAGAGAGUGACAGGAAAUCGAGUCAUGGCUCAGACCAUAUUGAGCGCAGCAUCCUGUCCGGACGAUUCUGGAG